AUGACUUUAAUUUCAAAAUCAUUCCAAAACGAAUACUCUCUAGACAGGAGAAAGCAUAUCUCUGCUAAGAUUAGAAAUAGAUAUAAGGAUAGAUUACCAAUUAUCGUAGAGAGAGCACCCAAUAGUAAUAUACCAGAGAUAAGCAAGAAAAAGUUUUUGGCACCAUGCGAUAUGAUCGUGUCAAAGUUUGUAAUGGAGAUCAGAAAACACCUCGAGGAGACAGGUCAAGCAACUGAAAAGACUGCCAUCUUCCUCUUUGUAAAGAAUAACACUGUGCUACCACCAACAUCGAAUCUCAUCUCUACCAUCUACGAGCUAUACAAGAAUGAAGAUGGUUUCCUUUAUAUCACCUACUCUGGAGAGAACACCUUUGGUUAA